CCACACAGCUGCGGAGAGGUUCGCUGGCCUGUGGGUCCUCGCGGGCCGGCUAUCCCCGAUGCUUUGCUCGCCGUCCUCACUCUCACACCACCAGCGCACCUCGCGGUUGUCCGUGUCCAUGGCGACGCCGCUCGCGACACGCGGCCUGCCCCUCGCCUCCCGCGGCCCGCCGUCUUCGUCCUCCUCCUCCUCGUGGCCGCCGUCUUCUAUCCUGCUCGGCCGCCGGCCUAGCCGCAGGCUCCGCUCCUCCUCGCCGCAGGUGAUUUAUUCGGUCGAUGCUGCGGCCGCGCCGGAGAAGGGCGGUGAGUACCGGCCCUCCUUCGCGGACAACCUCCUCCUCGCCUUCUUCCGGAGCAAGAUGGUGGAGGAGGUUGGAUGGGAUUCCGAAAAGCCUGGGUAUGCCGGGCUGAUGGAGGUUGCAAAUCGUCUCAUGGUCAAGGGGAAGAGUGCUUCAGAGACUGAGCAGGCAGCUGUCAGAGUACUACAGUCAUUGUUUCCACCUCUCUUGCUUGUUCUUUACAAAGCUCUUUUAGCACCAAUUGCUAAUGGUCAACUAGCCUCCAUGAUGCUCGCUAGAGCAACAGCACUUUCAUGCCAAUGGUUGAUGGGCACAUGUUCAGUUAAUUCCGUCACUCUGCCUGAUGGAAAAUCUUGGUCGAGUGGGGUGUUUGUUGAGAAAUGCAAGUAUCUGGAAGAGAGCAAAUGCCUUGGUAUUUGUAUCAACACGUGCAAACUGCCAACUCAGACUUUCUUCAAAGAUCACAUGGGCGUUGAUUUAUACAUGGAGCCAAAUUUUGAAGACUACAGCUGCCAGUUCAACUUUGGGGUGCCGCCGCCACCUCUUGAUGCUGACAAGGCACUCAAGGAACCCUGCUUGGACAUUUGCACAAACGCGAGGAGACGCAGGGAGCUUGGCAGAAAUAUUGUUACGGAUGAGCUCAGUUGCCCCCAAGUUUGAUACGCUGCUUGUGAACAAGUAUGAGCAUAGAUAAGAUAUUAAGAUGGUACAACCCAGUGAUGGUGCCCCUGUUAUGAUCCUUACUCGAACUCACCAUGUCUUGUCAGUAUCGUGCGAUAAUCUCAGAUAGCUGUGGUAUACCAAUCCUACAUUGCAAUGCAUGCACACGUCGACGUAUUGUCUUUGUCAAAUAA